CUCUCUCUUCCCACCCAUGUAUCUGGUGGUCGUUGCCCUCACUGUCGCGCUCCUUGCUGGUCACACGGCAGCCGAUGUCGACUGCUCUUUCCCGGGCGCGAUGGAGAUUGUGCCUGGCCACUGCGUCUUUAGGCCCUUAGCUCCAAGCGCAAGCUUUGCUUCCACUGUCAGCACUUGCAACGCCCAAGGUGGCUUCCCGGCUGUCCUGCCCACCCGUGGCUUUCGGGCCAUGGUCAAGUCCAAGCUCGGUAUCUCCGGGACGAGGUGGACCGGCCUCAAGUACACCACCAAUCGUGGCGUCGGCUUUGUCUGGGCUGAUGGUACUUCGGUUGAGGGCCUCGACUUUGAAGCCGGCUCGCCCUCGCUGACGGAAUCGGUCUUCGCGAUGAACUGGAACCCAUCGCCCCCGCUUUUGCAGACCCGGAACAGUUUGGAAAGGCUCCCCGCUCUCUGCUCUGGCCGUACCAGCUGCUCCGUUUCACGCUGCGCGCGAUGCGCCAUGGAGUCGUCGACGCUGUGUCAUACCUGUGCACCGGGCUGGGCCCUGCCAGACUGUACCACUCCAGCGAGCCGUGGCAGAUGGCUGCUGGUGACCGGGAACAACUACGAGGUCAACAACCCGCGCGGCGGCGCCAAGAACCUAGUGGCCGCGGAUGUCUUUAUCAUGGACUACUUGCAUGCACGCAAUUACUCGGUCGAGGUCGUCGGUGCUCAGUGGGUCGGCACCUACCACGCCGCCAACAAGGUCGGCAUCAUCCUCUCGUCCAACAUCGAUGCCACGGCGGCGGGUCAGUUGCAGGGCCUUUUCCGCGACUCGACGCUCCCGCUAGUUGUCUUGACCGGCGAGAGCCUCAAGUGGAUGUAUUGGUCGCCGACCCGCGACUGCACCGCCGACAGUCUUGCCCUCUCACCGGUCGACCCAGUCCACCCGCUGCUCCACGGCGUUGUCUUUGAUGGCGGCAGCAGCACCACCGUGCUUACCGGAUACUCUGGUACACGCUGCGCCCCCACAAGUGCAGGACCCGGAUUUGUCGCUGUUGCCACCGACCCGAUUUCCGGAUCACUCCAGCUUGGGCUCUAUCCGCGCGGCAGCGUCCAGCACGUCCGCAGCGACUAUCCGAUUACGUACACCUCGCAGGCGCGCGGCAUUUUCUUUGCCAUGAAUCCGACGCAGGGUGCUACCUCAUACACAACGUCCGGCAUCAAAAUCGUCGACAACCUGUUCCGGUAUGCCACGGCCGCCGCUGUCGACGACUCCAUGGUUGUUGCCGUCUCGCCGCGCAACGUCGGUCUUCCCAGCAGCGACGACGGCGAUCGCUCAGUCAACGUCGCGCUGAGCCUCGGCGGUUCACUUGGAGGUGGCAACACUUACCCAGGCCUUGAGUUUGGCCUCUCGUUUGAUGGCUGUACCUCGGUCGAAGGCCAUCUCAUUUUUGAGCUCGACGACGACGCCAGCGCUUCGAUCGCCGUCAACAGCACCUGGGCAGGCCGUGUUGCCCGCAUCUGCCUCCGGUCGUAUGACGAACCAUCGUGGCUCCGGCAGACCGCAUCUGAUGCCAGUAUCCGGUUUGUGGCAACGUUGCCGACCGAGAUCGUGGCCUUUGCGCCGACUGUCGUUCCUGGAUCUGUGCCGACCACGCUCUCGGUCUCUGGCCGCGAGUUUUCGACUUCUGACUCGCGCAUCGGCAUCUUUGCCAACCCUGGCUGCUACCACGGUCUGAUCGCUAGUGUUCCCUACUCGAGCGGCGAGGUGUCGUUGCCUGCACUUGGCGUCACCGGUCCCCACUACGUCUGCCUCUCCCAUUCGCCCGGCUCCCCGUCGUGGGUCGCGCAGACCUCGCCCGAGAGCACCCUCGUGUUUGUGAACGGCUCAGACGUACUGACAGGCGUCGUGCCGACAACCUUUAUGGCGAGCGACUCGGUCGCACUGGAUAUUCAAGGUCUUGCAGCCAUGCCGCGCAACUCGAUUGUGGCACUCACUGGCGCAGCCUCGACUUGUUCAGCCUCGGUAGCUUCUGUUGCCAUCAUUGACGCUGAGACCGCUGUGGAUCUCGGCCGCGUCACCGCCGCUGGCGACUACAAGCUCUGCUUCUCACCCGACAACGGUGUUACUUUCACGCCCUUCCCAUCGCUCACUGUGCAGAUCAAGGCUAUUUCGUCAACUUCGAUUGUGUCGCUCUCACCAUCAUCGUUUUCUGCCGGUACCGCUCUUGCCGGCACCACCGUCGACUUUGCCACCGAGUUUGAUCCGCUCGGGUCGCCUGCCCUCGGUCUCAUUGCCUCUCACGACGAGUCGCUCUGCAACGCGACGCCGCUUAAGUCACCUGUUUCGGGCGGCAAGGCGUAUUUUGCGUACGCCAAUCUCGCGCCCAUCGCCUCUGGCACCUGGUAUGUUUGCCUCUCGCCACGCGGCGGCGCCGACGACACAUGGUUGCUGCAGGAGGCGUCGACCACCAUCAAUAUCCUUUAACCCUUAACGGUACGGUCGUUCAGACGUGUUGUCGCGCGUCUCGAAGUGAACAACUCGAUGAUGCCUGAGUUGCCGUUGCAGUGACGGACGCCUGGGAGCACGGGCGAGGCGCGCGAGGUGCUGUAUGGCGCCGAUCCGGAGGAGCGGCGGGCGCGGACGGUGCGGAGCUUGUCGUUGACGACCCCGACGACCGGGAAGGAGAACAUUACAGAGUUGAACACCGCGGCCAGACGGGAGAGCGCGAGGACGUCUUGCGACGGACGAGCUUGCCGGUCGGCGUGGCCGCGCAAGUGGUGGCACGCCAUCCUUGUAUUGGAUUCUGGACGCCGCGCUCAUCGACGCGGACGCGCUCUGCGCUGACGCGAGCCCACGCCCCGCCAUGACUCGCGUGGCUUUUCUCUACGACAUCAUCGACACCCUCGCCACCAGCCCCGACGCCGUCAGCUCGGCGCUGUUGCCGCCAGCGGAAGCGUCCCUCUGCAGCGGCUGCUCGUCAUCACCACCUUCCACAACAAGCCGCCGUGCGACACGACUGCCUCGCCUGCCGGAAGCUUCAUGGUAAGCGAUCGCGGCCGCGGACCUUUUGCGCCGCGUGCGGCGUCCAUCUCUGCAUCGCCGACUGUUUUCUGUUGUGGCAGCCAUUAACACAUUGUAC